UGUGUCAUUCUCAUCAUCAUUUUCAAUUUAAUAAGCCCACACACGUUUUUGGCCUCUGCAGUAGUCCACCAAAGAAAUGUAUAUAUAUAGCUGCUUAGCAUACAAAACCAAUUAACAAACAAAAAACAUCAUACAUAGAUUGGUGGUGCAACUCAACUCAACUCAACUCUUAUUAUUGUUUCUCUCUUAUUCUUUUUCUAAACUACAAAGUGCAAUUAUGGGAAAUAUAUUCCUCACACUCUUAUUGUUAUCUUCAAUUUUCUCAAUAGCCUCAUCCAGAAGAGGUCCUUCCUCCAGCAACAUAGAUUGGUGGUGCAAACUAACCCCACACCCUGAACCUUGCAAGCACUACAUUACUCAAAUCAACCCCCAUUCCAAAAUCAAACACAAAAAUGAAUUCCGGGGAAUGCUUGUACAUUUGGCAUUAAAACUAGCACUUGGCAUGCAAAGGGAAGCACAUGUUACUCUACAAAACAUGGAGACAAAGAAACACAGAACUGUACAUGGUGAUUGUUUGAAGCUGUAUGGAAACACCAUCUUUCAUCUCAAUCGCACCCAUCACAGCCUUCAUCUGGAGAAAGGGUCUUCACCAGAUGAUACACAGACUUGGCUCGCAACAUCUCUCACAAAUAUCAGAACAUGUGGAACAGGGGCUGUGGAACUCAAUGCUCAAGAUUUCAUGUUUCCAACAGAGAGCAGCAAUGUCACUCAGAUGAUAAGGAACGGCUUAGCCAUCAAUGCGGAUUUCAUGAAAUAUAAAGAAUCAGCGGCUAAAAAUUACACCUCGGAAACAGAAAGAACGUUUCCCAAUUGGUUUUCCGGGCAUGAGAGGAAACUGUUGCAGUCUUCUUCCGUAAAGGCAAAUUAUGUGGUGGCAAAAGAUGGUUCAGGAAACUUCAAGACUGUCCAAGGUGCUCUGAAUGCAGCUGCGAAGAGAAGAUAUAAAACAAGGUUUGUGAUACAUGUGAGGAAAGGGGUGUAUAGAGAGAAUAUUGAGGUUGCUGUGAAGAAUGAUAACAUCAUGCUUGUUGGUGAUGGGAUGAAAAACACCAUAAUUACCAGUGGCAGAAGUGUUCAAGCAGGUUAUACUACGUAUAGCUCAGCCACAGCAGGCAUAGAUGGACUCCACUUCAUUGCACGUGAUAUUACCUUCCAAAACAUUGCGGGUCCUCAAAAGGGUCAAGCUGUAGCGCUCCGAUCAGCCUCAGACCUCUCAGUCUUCUACCGAUGUGCCAUUUUAGGUUAUCAAGACACCCUCAUGGUUCACGCACAACGCCAAUUUUAUAAACAAUGCCAAAUAUAUGGUACUGUGGACUUAAUAUUUGGCAAUGCCGCCGUGGUUUUUCAGAACUGCAAGAUUUUCGCAAAAAAGCCUUUAGAUGGCCAAGCAAACAUGAUCACGGCUCAAGGACGAGAUGACCCAUUCCAGAACACUGGAAUCACCAUCCACAAUUCUGAAAUCAGGGCAGCACCGGACCUCAAGCCUGUCGUUAACAAGCACAACACCUUCUUGGGCAGGCCCUGGCAGCAGUACUCAAGAGUGGUGGUCUUGAAAACUUUCAUGGACACCUUGGUGAGCCCGUUGGGAUGGUCUUCGUGGGAUGAUACUGAUUUUGCUCUUGACACUUUGUAUUAUGGAGAGUAUGAGAACUCUGGACCUGGUUCGUCGGUGACAAAUAGAGUACAAUGGCCUGGGUUUCAUGUGAUAACAAGUCCAGCUGAAGCUUCACGGUUCACCGUUAAUGGACUUCUUACGGGCUCCAUGUGGUUACCUGAAACAACUGUGCCAUUUACCUCUGGUCUUUGAUCUCUGCGUUAUAACCACUACCUCAAAAAAACUACCACUUUACUAUGACAAUUACAUUUAAUUAUUUGAAAUUGUUUAGAUGUAGUUAUUGUAAAGAACAUGUACAAUAUUCUUUUGUACAUAGCGAGUGUAAUUAUCCAUGUCUUUGUGUGUAUUAAUUUUUUUUUUUUUGAAAGCAGAACUCCUGACAAAACUUGAGAACAAACUCUCUCAAGUGAGUAAUAUGUAGAACAGAACUCCUGACAAAACUAAAAGCUUGAUAUACUAAGAGUCACCCACCAUUAUAAAUCCUGACAAAACUAAAAGCUUGUAAUACCAGAACUCCCCAAAAAUUCAAACCAUACCAAUUUUUUUGACAAUAUAUACCUAACCCCACCAACAGAUUGU